AUGAUGGUGAAACAGCUCUUCCUUCUGCGGCAUAUAUUGACGAAAAUAAAGAAAUACUUGAGCUUCUGCUCUCACAUCGUGCAAAUUUCAAUGAAAAAAAAAGAAAGAAAAAAAAAUAUAUCCGGAAGAACAACUCUUCAUUUAGCAGCACUAUCGAAUUGUAAAGAGAUAGCUGAAGUUCUUCUUUCGCAUUGUGCAAAUAUUAAUGAAAAGGAUAAUUAUGGACAAACUGCUCUUCAUGAAGCAGCAUAUUCUAGUUAUAAGGAAACAGCAUAA